AUGUUUAUAAAGGACCGGCAUACAGAUCGACACAAGGAAUCCCGGCGGACCCCAAGCCAGUCUGCUACAUACACCACUGUCUCCACAUGGCACCACCAUCCUGAGAAGCUCAUCACAGAGGCUUGUUGCUAUGAAGCUAGUUAUCUUGGGUCUGUGAUAAUCAGAGAUCUCCGAGGUAUUGAAUCUACACAGGAAGCCUGUGCAAGAAUAAGGAAAUCAAAGGACCACCGGAAAGGCCCUGUCAUAAUCCUCUCCAUCACCUAUAAAGGAGUCAAGUUCAUUGACGCAGCCUCUAAGGCUAUCGUGGCAGAGCAUGAGAUCCAGAACAUCUCCUGUGCGGCUCAGGAUCCUGAUGAACUUCGCACUUUUGCAUACAUUACAAAAGACCUGAAGUCGGGGCACCACUUCUGCCAUGUUUUCACUACAGUUGAAGUGGUGAGAUCCACACUUCAGUCUCCAAAUAAGUACAAUCAUUUCCCAGGAUUAAACAUUGUUAAUUAAUACUGAAAUAGUAAGGCUCCUCCUGAAAGACUGUUUUUAAAUAAUUUUCAUCAAGACUUUCCCCAUGUUAGUUUUGUCAUGAACCUAAACUUGCAUCUCCCCUAUAAGUUCUACUCACCAAUGUUGUUUUCCAAUGCAGACACAAACCUAUGAGAUCAUCUUGACUCUGGGACAGGCGUUUGAAGUGGCCUAUCAGAUGGCUCUUCAAG